AUGAAAAAACCUUCAGAAUUUCCCAGACAGCUCUUUCCCCCGGACAAUGCUGGACUCAAUUAUCCUCGCCGGAUAGGUGACCCGCCGAUUAUUCUGAGAAGCCGGACUCCAGCUGAAACUGUUGCAAAUUUGGAUGUAACCUCAACUUCUAAAGAUUUUAUUGAUUACGGUGUUUCCUCAACAGCGGAUUUAAAUUCGAUUGAAACGGGCGCAAAUCCAGUUAAAAAGGUCACUUCUACUACGACUUCUGCCGCACUUAUUGAGACGACUUCGAUGUCAACAACUGCGACCUCUACCAUGUCAAAAGAAAGUCCAGAAAAGAAUCUACGAAAAAUGUCGCCAAGUCAUGAAGGCGCUACAAGCACGCAGCCAGAGACCACCCAGUCUGAGAGUGUCACGGUGUCGGUGACACAACCAAGUUUAGAAGAACUUGAAGAGUUGAUUACAGAAUCGGCUCGGAGUGGCGACCCUAGUCCUACUUCUAGUGCUCCACUAGAUCCCGAGGAGGCGUCUGGAGAUUUAUCUGGAUCAGAAAUCAUCGAUCAAGUUUACACAAUCUUAGAAGCCGAGCCAGAAGUGAACGAAAACGCAAAUGCAACGACAAGCAGGACCAUAAAUGAGGACGUUCCUACCAGUCCACCGCAAUUAUCGAAAAAUGCGGAUAAUCAAGUACAAACGAGCUAUCCUACGGAGUGGACUAUUAUUAAAUUCGUGGAAAUUGACGAUGAAGAAGAGGCCUCUGGUAGCGACAGUAACGUGCAAGACGGAUCAGGUGGAUCGCUUAUGGAAGAAGAGGCUAGGGGCCCAAGACCAGUUACUGAAUUCUUUCGAGUACCUUCGAUCGAAAAUGAAGAAGGAAGUACUCCAGUGGUUCAAGAGCUAACGGAAGGGAUUUAUGUAUCCCUUCUAGAUGGCCCCUCAGAUAUGGUCGAAGGUUCAGAGUAG